GAGCGAGGUCGACUUUCAAUGCCACGUCGGCCAUUUUGACUGGGUCUUUUCUUGUCUCUCCCGAAUUUAAUCGAUUCUUGUGGCAAUCAUGCCGUUGAGAUUAGAUGUGAAGCGCAAGCUCUCUGCACGUUCUGAUCGAGUCAAGUGUGUGGAUGUUCACCCAACGGAACCAUGGAUGUUAGCUAGUUUAUACAACGGUAAUGUACAUGUGUGGAAUUAUGAAUCGCAGACAUUGGUCAAGACAUUUGAAGUCACUGAUCUACCAGUGCGUACAGCCAAAUUUGUACCAAGAAAGAACUGGGUGGUGACAGGAUCUGAUGACAUGAUGCUAAGAGUCUUCAACUACAACACUCUAGAGAAGGCAUAUGGAUUUGAAGCUCAUUCAGAUUACUUGCGUUCAAUUGCUGUUCAUCCAACUCAGCCCUAUGUUCUUACCAGCAGCGAUGAUAUGUUGAUCAAACUAUGGGACUGGGAUAAAAAAUGGCAGUGUACUCAAGUGUUUGAGGGCCACACCCAUUAUGUGAUGCAAAUUGUCAUCAAUCCAAAGGAUAACAACCAGUUUGCUAGUGCUUCCUUAGACAGAACAAUCAAGGUGUGGCAGCUUGGAUCCAACACUCCUAACUUCACUCUAGAAGGACAUGAAAAGGGUGUAAAUUGUGUGGAUUAUUUCCAUGGUGGUGAGAAGCCAUAUCUUAUAUCUGGUGCUGAUGAUAGACUGGUAAAGAUAUGGGACUAUCAGAACAAAACUUGUGUGCAAACACUUGAAGGUCAUGCCCAGAACAUCUCCUGUGUUGGAUUUCACCCAGAAUUGCCCAUAAUUUUGACUGGUUCAGAGGAUGGCACUGUACGCAUUUGGCAAGCAAACACUUACCGACUGGAGAGCACCCUGAAUUAUGGUCUUGAGAGGGUUUGGAGUAUGGCCAUGUUCAAGGGGUCAAACAAUGUUGCCCUUGGAUAUGAUGAAGGAAGUAUUCUUAUCAAGCUUGGACGGGAAGAGCCAGCCAUGUCCAUGGAUUCCAAUGGUAAAAUUAUUUUUGCCAAGCACAGCGAAAUUCAACAGGCUAAUCUUAAAAAUGUGGCUGAUUAUGAUGUUAAAGAUGGUGAGCGCCUGCCUCUGGCCAUCAAAGACAUGGGACCUUGUGAGAUGUUUCCUCAAACCUUGUCUCAUAAUCCAAAUGGAAGGUUUGUGGUUGUUUGUGGGGAUGGAGAGUACAUCAUUUACACAGCUAUGGCACUGAGGAACAAGAGUUUUGGAUCAGCUCAGGAAUUUGUUUGGGCCUCUGAUUCCUCUGAAUAUGCAAUAAGGGAUGGAAACAAAAUCAAGAUCUUCAAGAAUUUUAAAGAAAGGAAAUCUUUCAAGCCUGAGUAUGGGGCAGAAAAUAUCUAUGGUGGUCAUCUUCUUGGAGUGAAGUCUGUUAGUGGGCUGGCUUUCUUUGACUGGGAGAGCACAGAUCUAGUCCGUAGGAUUGAAAUUCAGCCUAAGAGUAUCUACUGGGCUGAUAGUGGUGAGCUAUGCUGUAUAGCAACAGAUGAGUCAUUCUUUAUUCUCAAGUAUAGUGCUGAAAAUGUUGCUAAAGCACAGGAAACACCAGAGGUCAUGACUGAAGAUGGCAUCGAAGAUGCUUUUGAUGUUUGUGGGGAAAUAGAAGACUGUGUCAAGACUGGCAUUUGGGUUGGAGACUGUUUUAUCUACACUAAUGCUGUGAACCGUCUCAACUAUUACGUUGGAGGUGAAAUUGUUACCAUUGCUCAUCUAGACAGGACAAUGUACAUUCUUGGGUACAUCCCCAAAGACAACAGGCUUUACUUGAGUGACAAGGAUAUGAAUGUUGUUGGUUACUCCCUGCUGCUGUCGGUCCUGGAGUACCAGACAGCUGUGAUGAGACAAGACUUUGAGACAGCUAAGCAGGUNACCUGCUAUGUUCCAAAGCUGAAAUUCUACUGUUUAUUGCACCCUUUAGGCACUGUACGCAUUUGGCAAGCAAACACUUACCGACUGGAGAGCACCCUGAAUUAUGGUCUUGAGAGGGUUUGGAGUAUGGCCAUGUUCAAGGGGUCAAACAAUGUUGCCCUUGGAUAUGAUGAAGGAAGUAUUCUUAUCAAGCUUGGACGGGAAGAGCCAGCCAUGUCCAUGGAUUCCAAUGGUAAAAUUAUUUUUGCCAAGCACAGCGAAAUUCAACAGGCUAAUCUUAAAAAUGUGGCUGAUUAUGAUGUUAAAGAUGGUGAGCGCCUGCCUCUGGCCAUCAAAGACAUGGGACCUUGUGAGAUGUUUCCUCAAACCUUGUCUCAUAAUCCAAAUGGAAGGUUUGUGGUUGUUUGUGGGGAUGGAGAGUACAUCAUUUACACAGCUAUGGCACUGAGGAACAAGAGUUUUGGAUCAGCUCAGGAAUUUGUUUGGGCCUCUGAUUCCUCUGAAUAUGCAAUAAGGGAUGGAAACAAAAUCAAGAUCUUCAAGAAUUUUAAAGAAAGGAAAUCUUUCAAGCCUGAGUAUGGGGCAGAAAAUAUCUAUGGUGGUCAUCUUCUUGGAGUGAAGUCUGUUAGUGGGCUGGCUUUCUUUGACUGGGAGAGCACAGAUCUAGUCCGUAGGAUUGAAAUUCAGCCUAAGAGUAUCUACUGGGCUGAUAGUGGUGAGCUAUGCUGUAUAGCAACAGAUGAGUCAUUCUUUAUUCUCAAGUAUAGUGCUGAAAAUGUUGCUAAAGCACAGGAAACACCAGAGGUCAUGACUGAAGAUGGCAUCGAAGAUGCUUUUGAUGUUUGUGGGGAAAUAGAAGACUGUGUCAAGACUGGCAUUUGGGUUGGAGACUGUUUUAUCUACACUAAUGCUGUGAACCGUCUCAACUAUUACGUUGGAGGUGAAAUUGUUACCAUUGCUCAUCUAGACAGGACAAUGUACAUUCUUGGGUACAUCCCCAAAGACAACAGGCUUUACUUGAGUGACAAGGAUAUGAAUGUUGUUGGUUACUCCCUGCUGCUGUCGGUCCUGGAGUACCAGACAGCUGUGAUGAGACAAGACUUUGAGACAGCUAAGCAGGUGCUGCCGACCAUUCCUCGAGACCAAAGGAAUCGCGUAGCUCACUUCUUAGAGAAGCAAGGCUUCAAGCAACAAGCGCUGGCAGUGUCUUGUGAUCCAGAGCACAGGUUUGACCUGGCAAUACAGUUGUCAGAGCUGAAGAUCGCCUACGAGAUUGCGUCCAAGUCAGAGAGUGAACACAAGUGGAAGCAGCUGGCAGAGCUGGCAAUCUCCAAGUGUCAGUUUCAGCUGGCUCAAGAGUGUCUGAUUAAUGCACAGGAUUUCGGAGGCUUGCUACUUCUAGCCACAUCUGCAGGAGAUGCUGACAUGAUUCUACGACUCGCCGAGACGUCUGCUAAGAAGGGCAAGAACAAUGUGGCCUUUUUGGCUUAUUUCCUUCUCGGAAGGUUAGAAGAAGGCAUAGAGUUGCUGUGUAGCACGGGUCGGUACCCUGAAGCAGCCUUCAUGGCUCGCACUUACUUACCAAGCCAUGUGUCAAAGAUUGUCAAAUUGUGGAAAGAAGACUUAGGUAAAGUCAACAAAAAGGCUGCCGACUCUUUGGCGGAUCCUUCUGAAUACGAGAAUCUGUUUCCUGAAUUUCAGGAAGCUUUGCAGGCGGAGCAGUUUCUAAAGCGGGAAAGGGUUCAAAUGAAACCUGCUGCCCAAUACAAGCAUGUGCCGAGUAACACUGAUCGUGAUGUAUUCGAGGAGAUGAAAUCAGCCAAGGAAGAUGGUAGCUUAGACUCUAUUUUGAAGUCGGUGGAAAGCCUUACAUUUAGUGAGCCUUCUGCAUCCAAACCAAUUGAGCCCGCGACACCUUCAUUUGCCGCCUCAUCUGCCUCACCACACUCUCCGCUGCCUCCGGCGCCCGCCGGCAGACCGCCAGCGACCAACCCCCCAGCAGCGGAAAAGCAACCUGAUAUCGAUAAAAAAGCUGCAGUUAAAGAUGAUAAGGAUGAAGAACUCGAUGACGAUUUCGACUUCGGGGGACACGACGAUGACGACGACGACGAAGACCUCAAUAUCGACGAUGACGAUCUUCUGAAUGACGAAGACGACGAUGAU